AUGCAGCUGGAGGGCCUUGGGUGUCCUGCGGGGCCCAGGAGGGUGUGGCUGAAGGCCAGGCUGUGCAUGCACAGGGCAAGACUGACCAGGCUUAUCAGAAGAGCUUCUCUUACUGCAAAGGACAGCUCGAAGGCUGGAAACAGUGCGAGCCUCAAGCACGUGCACUGGGACGGGGCCAAGGCGGUGACAGCUGGCCGGGAGAGGACCCAGAGGUCAAAGCAUCCUCGCGAGGACAGACGCCAGGACCUGUACAGUCACAGCCUGAGCUCCUGGGUGCGGGGGCUCCCACACAGGAAUCAGGGGGCCACGUUCACCCACAUGGCCUUGGCCCCCAGCUCCCAGCACAGGAAGAACCGUCUGCUGGCCUCCAGGCCAGGCCUCCACGCAAGAUGCGCCACGUCUGGCGUGAUGGUGACCGUGACUGAGCCAGACAGGUGA